AUGAUGAUGAUGAUGCUCAUUCUCUGCUGUUCAGGUGUGGGCGAAGCCUCGGAGCUGGCCUUCCUCAAAGAGCCCAGCGAUGUCAUUGCGGUGAGGGACCGCCCCCUGAUGCUCGACUGUCAGGUAGAAGGGGAGGGGCCUAUCUCCAUCACCUGGAGACAGAAUGGCGUCCCCGUGGCGACCGGCCUGAGGGCGACGGUGCUCAGUAACGGCACGCUGCUCAUCAGAAACUUCUCCAAGAGACGGGACAGUAACGAGACGGACGCAGGAGAGUACGACUGUGCCGCUCAGAACCGCUACGGCAUGUUGAUCAGCCGCAAGGCGCGGGUCCAGCUCGCAUCCCUCCCCAAAUUCCUGUCUCACCCAGAGUCUGUUGCUGUGGACGAAGGGGGCGUGGCCCGACUCACGUGUCAGGUAAAUGGAAUCCCAGAGGCCAGCAUCACGUGGCAGAGAGACCGACGCCCACUGAGCACAGAGGACCCCAGGUACACUCUGCUUCCUAACGGCGUCCUGCAGGUCACCAGCGUCAGGCGAACAGACAACGGUUUGUUUCGCUGUGUCGCCUCAAAUAUCGCCAACUCUCGAUACAGCCGCGAGGCCCAGCUUUCCGUCACUGUUGCAGGGUCCAGGAUCUACCAGGAGCCCGUCAUCCUGUCUGGACCUCAGAACCUCACCAUCAACGUCCACCAAACCGCCAUCUUGGAAUGUAUCGCCACGGGAAACCCCCGCCCCAUCGUGUCCUGGAGUCGCCUUGACGGCCGCUCCAUGGGCGUGGAGGGGAUCCAGGUGUUGGGAACAGGAAACCUGAUGAUCUCUGACGUGACACUUCAACAUUCAGGAGUUUAUGUUUGUUCAGCGAACAGACCAGGAAGUAGAUCGAGGAGGACGGCGCUCGGACGACUCGUCGUACAAGCUCCUCCAGAGUUUGUGCAGUGGCCUCAGUCCGUCUCCAGACCAGCAGGGGGCAGCGCUGUCUUCAGCUGUACGGCGUCCGGCGUCCCUGAACCUCACCUCAUCUGGCUGAAGAACGGUAAACUGCUGACGCCCAGCGGCAACGUCAAGCUCACCAACGGAAACACGACGCUCGCCAUCACGCGGAUCGUGCCCCAGGACGAGGCCAUCUAUCAGUGCAUCGCUGAAAACAGCGCCGGUACAAACCAGGCCAGCGCUCGUCUCGCCAUCAGACAGGGGGCGGAGCUGCCCGAGGCCCCAACCGGCCUCCGGGCAGCGGCGCUCAGCUCCAGCGGCCUGCGGUUGACCUGGGACCAGCCGGCGGAGGUCGUCAGUCAGAACAUCAUUGGAUACGUUCUGCACAUACGACGACUGGGGGAGCCGGACAGUGCGGAGCUGCAGGAGGCCGUCAGUAAGACGACCUUCGCACACGACUUCAAGAACCUGGACGCCGCCACGACCUACGCCAUCUACCUGAAGGCCUACUCUGCUCUGGGAGGAAGUCAGCAGUCCGCCGCCAUCAGCGCCACCACGCUUGGCGGAGUUCCCACCUCUCCCAGUUUCUUCACUAAGGUCCUGAACCAAACGGCCAUGCAGGUUUACUGGGAGCUGCCCAGGAGGCCGGGGGCGCUGGAGGGCUUCCGACUGGAGUACCGCGGGGUUUCCCACCCAGACAUCCAGGGGCAGGAAACCUUCCCAGGACACAUCAACACCCACACAAUCUCCCACCUGGAACCGGCUGCGGUUUAUGAAAUCCAGCUGGUGGCGUUUAACGGGAACGGAGACGGUUCGUCCACCCGCCGCCUGGUGUCUCUGGAGGGAGGAAGAAGUACUGCAGCAGGUGGGCGGAGCUGUAACUGUGACCAGUCUCACGGCUCCAUGUCGACUCUGAUGGUCGCCGUUCACAGCGGCCUCGCCUGCGUCCUCUGCUGCCUGCUCUUCAUCCUGCUGGGAUACAGACGCAGCUUGUUCUGUAGCAAGGCAGCGAGCUGGGAGGCUCCAACCACCCUGAAUGAUGUCAGAGGUCCUAAGGGUCACAACCCUGAAAGCAUCGCGCUCAGACAGACAUGUGACUCCGCCCCUCCUCCAGUGAUGGUCAUGGUUGAACAGACUCCACCCGUCCAACCCGGCCCAGGCACUGGAUAAAACACCGCAAUGACUACUACCUCGUCCUCGUCCUCGUCCUCCUCCUCCUCUUCCUCCUCCUCUUCCUCCUCUUACUUCCUCCCCUUACUUCCUCCUUCCUCCUCUUACUUCCACCUUCCUCCUCCUCCUCCUCUUCCUCC